CGGGCAGGCAGGGAGGGAAGGAGGGAGGCAGGGAGGGAGCGGCGCUCGCGCGCCUCGGGCCCGAGAGGAGACAGCGCGGUGCCGCGCCGGGCCGGCAGCAGGAAUCAUGACGACCUCAGGAAAAGAGAAUUUCCGGCUGAAGAGCUACAAGAACAAAUCUCUAAACCCCGACGAGAUGCGUCGCAGGCGGGAGGAAGAGGGUCUGCAGCUACGGAAGCAAAAGAGAGAGGAGCAGUUGUUUAAACGCCGAAAUGUUGCAACGGCUGAGGAAGAAACGGAGGAGGAAGUGAUGUCAGAUGGGGGCUUCCAUGAGGCUCAGAUGAACAACAUGGAGAUGACUUCUAGUGCAGUCAUCACUGCUGAUAUGAUUGAGAUGAUUUUCUCCAAUAGUCCAGAGCAGCAGCUCUCAGCCACCCAGAAGUUCCGAAAGCUGCUUUCUAAAGAACCAAAUCCUCCAAUAGAUGAAGUCAUAAGCACACAAGGAGUCGUGGCCAGGUUUGUGGAGUUCCUGAAGCGGAAAGAAAACUGUACAUUACAGUUUGAAGCUGCAUGGGUGCUGACAAAUAUUGCCUCGGGAAAUUCCCUUCAGACUCGAAUAGUGAUCCAAGCAGGAGCUGUCCCCAUCUUCAUAGAGCUGCUUAGUUCAGAGUUUGAAGAUGUACAGGAACAGGCAGUAUGGGCUCUUGGCAACAUUGCUGGAGACAGCACUAUGUGCAGAGACUAUGUUUUGGACUGUAAUAUCUUGCCCCCUUUAUUGCAAUUGCUUUCAAAACAGAAUCGUCUCACUAUGACCCGAAAUGCUGUAUGGGCUCUGUCCAACCUCUGCAGAGGGAAAAAUCCUCCUCCUGAUUUUGCCAAGGUUUCACCUUGUCUUAGUGUGCUUUCCUGGCUGCUCUUUGUCAAUGAUACAGAUGUAUUAGCUGAUGCCUGCUGGGCUUUGUCCUAUUUGUCUGAUGGCCCCAAUGAUAAAAUCCAGGCUGUGAUUGAUGCAGGAGUCUGCAGAAGACUUGUGGAACUGCUGAUGCAUAAUGACUACAAAGUUGUAUCUCCUGCCUUACGAGCUGUGGGAAACAUUGUUACAGGAGAUGAUAUCCAGACCCAGGUAAUUCUGAAUUGCUCAGCUCUGCAGAGUUUGCUGCACUUGCUAAGCAGCCCAAAAGAAUCUAUCAAAAAGGAAGCAUGCUGGACAAUAUCUAAUAUAACAGCUGGAAACAAAGCCCAGAUCCAGACAGUCAUAGACGCCCAUAUCUUCCCAGCUCUUAUAAAUAUUUUGCAAACGGCCGAGUUUCGGACAAGGAAGGAAGCUGCUUGGGCCAUCACAAACGCGACAUCGGGAGGUUCUGCUGAACAGAUCAAGUACUUAGUAGAACUGGGAUGCAUCAAACCACUCUGUGACCUCCUGACAGUAAUGGACUCCAAGAUUGUGCAAGUAGCUCUGAAUGGGCUGGAGAACAUCCUGAGGCUUGGAGAGCAGGAGUCCAAACGCAGCGGCAGUGGCAUUAAUCCUUACUGCGCUCUUAUUGAAGAAGCGUAUGGCCUGGACAAGAUUGAAUUCCUGCAGAGCCAUGAGAAUCAAGAGAUUUAUCAGAAGGCCUUUGAUCUGAUUGAGCACUACUUUGGAACAGAAGAUGAAGACAGCAGCAUUGCCCCACAAGUGGAUAUCAACCAGCAACAAUACAUCUUCCAGCAGUGUGAGGCUCCCAUGGAAGGCUUCCAGCUUUGAGGUGCCCCUGUGCUGUGUGCUCCUCUACCUAGCCAAUCCUGUUGUCGAGCCACAAGCCACCCGUGGAGUGAUUCUCUCAAUGUUUUCCAUAACCCUGUUUGCGCUCAUUCGCUUGCCUUGUGCACAUGCUCUUACAUACGUCUGGAAAACUUUUGGCUCUCCGUGGCAGGAUGUCCCCUCCUUGGCAAGGGGUCGCCAGAAUCACCCUUCUCCUCUAGAUUCUGAAUCUCUCCACUGUCAUCUUCGUGGAGUUGAGGCACCUUUCUAUACUUUGAGAUAUUCCCUGUUCCUAUUACAGGAAAGUAAUCCCUCCUCCACUUGGCCCCCCACUCCUGGCAUCCAAGAGAAGGCUCCCUUUCUCUUGUAUUUGCUGCAGAGUGUGCCUGCAGUCCAGGGAGACAUUCAGCCUUUCUGAGAACGUAGCUGAAUUCAUCCUUCAUGUUCUCCCCUGGAUGCCUCUUUGGACGGCUGUGAGAGAUGCGUUAAACCUUCACACGCGUCCUAUCUACCUUGCUGUAUGUGCCAGCUGGGGUUAUUGGCAUGAGGAACAUGUUACAAACAAUGGAGUAAGUUCUCUGGCCCCUGCAACAACAGGCUGCAAUGGACAUGUUUUGUGGUUCUUAGGAAUACUGAACACAUCCGGCCCCAUCCCGUCUCAACACUGAGCUCCCAAGUUGGAUUGCAGACCACUGUGGAGAUUUGUAUACCUUUCCAGUUUUUCCUCUCCAUCCACGAAAAGAGAACCUGUGAAUAGGUUACUCUUAACACCUCCCCAGAAAUGACUUCCCAAAACAGCUUCUAGAAUGGAGAAACUGCCCCCACUUCUGCUUGCCAGCACAGUAUGAUCCAGCCGGGCCUUCCUUAAAGAUCAAGCCCUUUCUGGCUCCAUGCUCCAGAGUCUGGUCCCUGGUAUUCUAGUUAUGGCUGAAAAGUUCCUGUCUGCCUCUUUACAUUUUUACACAGCGUGACUUGAACAGAUUUAUCUUCUGAAAAGUUAACUUCUGAAUACAGAAUUCUUAAUUUGUAAAACUUGGCACAAGGAGUGUUAGAUCUCCUUUUCAUUUUCACGAGACAAGAGCUUCCUCUCCAGCUCACCUGAUGGAAUAUAGUCCUCCUGGCCAAGGCCCUUAUUUAACUAAAAUGACACUACAUUCACAGGAUAGUACUAUUACAUCUGGAUCCACCUGGCCUUCUCAUUUCACUUUUCCCUUUUGCUGUUGAUGAGACUUCAGGUGAAUUAGCAUGGAACGCAUGGUUCCUCCAGGUGACAUCUGUAAGGCAUCGUUGACUGCAUGGCAGCUGCCACACGCAGCUGGAGACUGCCCUUCUGCUAGCAGCAUGUUCUUGGCUCUGCAACCUGCUUGGAUCACAGAGCUCUGAUGCAAAGGCCAGCCACUCCUCACUGAGUUCAGCUGACACUGGCACCAAACUUGACACGUCUGGGGAGAUGCCGCCUGAUUGAAAGUGGCAGUUCCAUUUCGGAGAAUGCAAUGGAUUCCCUAGGCCGUCUGCUCCCCCCUGCAUCGGGCUAUGUUCUUUCAAGCCAUUUUGGAUGCUUGGAACACACAUUUGUCCAGUGUAAACAUUUCAAAAUCGCCACUGGCAACUGCAGUGUCGUGUACCUGUGGUAAAUGUUUGUGGCAGAACUGUCUUCAAGAUCCUCAUGGCUCCUCUCACUGAAAAGCCACUGCAAAAGCAAAACCAGCCCAUUGGAUACAGAAUUAUAAAAACACAUAAGUCACUUGUCAUACUGCUGAAAGAAGCUAGGCAAAGGCCUGAACAUCAGCUCUGUGUGACCGUUAUUUAAAUAAAGUCUUCUGUCUCUGCUUCAGGAUAGAGACUCUGACCUGUGUGGCCACUGCAGAAGCCACCUGCUGCCUCCCUAGCUAAGCCAGUUGGCAUCCACUUCCCCUCCUCCCAGUUAUUUUCUCUAGUGCUGCUUUGUGCUGAAGGAACAUUUAGUUUACUGCACUUGAUCUGUAAAUGGACUUCAAUUCUUUGUAAUUUUAGGGGGUUAAAUUUGGUGGUUAAUUUAAAAAAAGCAAAAAAACCCCUCAAUGUUGCCUUUACAUCACAUAUAAAUAACUGUGUUUCUCUUUUCUUGAAGGGUGAUAGAAGCACUGAUUAGUAGCAAAAUCUUGUUUUAGCUUUUGGAUUUUUUUGUGCUGGAUUUUUUUACGUGUAAAUUUCCAAUAACAUGUCAUUUCUAUAAGAUUUGUUUAAAACCAUGUACCUCUUAUUGGAUGGUAUAAAAAUGCUACAUAUUUUGUAAACAAAUCUGAGCAAAGUGUGUGUGCAUAUAUUCUGUAUAUUCAUAUAUGUAUAUUCUGUGUAUAUAUACACUAGCGUGUAUAUAUACAUAUAUACACACACACAUAUAUAUACACACACGCAUAAAGUGUGUGUAUAUAUAUACAUACCUAUAUAUCUAUAUAUAUUAGUGUUUUCUCUUCCAGGCUAGUGAAAACAAUGUGGUGCAUUGGCGUUUCCCUCCCCUGCCCCCCAAGAAAGUAAUGACAAUUGCCUCUAAAUGAGUGAAUUAAAAAAGAGUCCAUUUAAGCUGACUGGUGUGCCUUCCUGUGUAAGGAGCCUGGCCAGUAUUUGUUACUUUUGCCAUGGAUAUGUGAAUUCAGAGCAGUUAAGUAUAAUCUUUAAACUUGGUAUAUUUGUUUGAAGUGACAGGCCUGGUUGACGCAGAUAAUAUUGUUGUCCUAAAUACUUAGACUGUGUAAGGCAUUUGACUGGUACUGCAUAAUAUUUUGAGCGAAAACCACACCAAUAGAAGAAUCAACAUGGCACACAUUAAAUGGAUUAAAAUGCAGCUAACUCAUAGGUCUCAAUGUAAUUUAAAUGGUGUUUAAUUGAGUGUAUUUCCAUCAGGAUCUUCCAGCAACCAGUUCUUGGCAUUGCUUUUCUUAGCCUUAUUAAUAGGUUGAAAAGAAACAAAAUCUACUUCUAACAAAGGCUGCACAUUAAGUGGGUACAGAAGGGAGAUCAGACUUGUGAAUUAUAAAAGGAAAAGCUCACUGAUACAGACUGACCAGAAUUACUUGGUAAGCCAAGGGCAAGUAAACUACUUGCAUUUAACAGAGCCAAACAUGUAGUGUAAUGUUACCCAUCUAGUAAGUGACAGUUAGGCCACAGAUGAAGGACUCUGUUUUGGAGGCAAGUGCCAGUGAAAGUAUGAGGAUCAUUAUGUCAUAUUGCUUGAACACUGCUUCCUAACACAGUUCUGUUGGCUGUGUCCCCUGCUAGAAGAAUUGAAACCAGUAUUCUCUGCUCUCCUGAAGGAUGUGCUCAGAUAGGGACCAUCUCAGAGAAUGCCUCUAGCUGCCACUUUUGUGAAGGUCACGCUGUGUUUUGAAUGAUCUGUUGUUGUUUUGUGUCUAAAUAAGAGGCAGCAUGGUCUCAUGUAGAGGGUAGGUGAGGAAGUUGUUGGAGUUCUUGUGUUCUUCUCUUAGCUUUGUCAGGCAGCAUGUAACACUAGAAAAGUGUCUCAUAUUCAAUAUUAAAAUACAUGCAUUGGUUUCUGUCUGCUUGUGGAGAUCCCAUCUAAGCGUCUUCCUAAUGCCCCACAGGCUGGUAAUAAGAAUUUAUUGCAUUUUUUUUUGAAACAUCAGGAAGGAGGUGGAAGCACUGCACUGAGAUUUUAACAAUGUCUGUUUUGAACUGGGUGUUAGAGAAAGGAAGAUGCAGGGCUGCCUGGAAUUGCUGUCUAGCAGUCCAGCACACAGAUCUCUAAUGCAAUUAAAGUUGUGGUUUUGUUUGGGCAGCAAACAGGAGCUGUCAUUCUUUCUGUUGGUAAAGUUCCCAGUGGAACAUGGCAGGCAAGGUCGGUGUCUUGGAUUCAGGAGGGUACCAUGCCUGUUUUAGACUUGAAGGUCUUUCUUCAGGUGCCUGAGUCUUAGUAGAAAAGUAAGCAAGACCUGUUUGUGUACUGCUAUGGCCGUGUCCUGCUGUGCCUCCUGCAUGUUCCACUGAAGCAGUGUUGGAGUUGUUAAGGUGAUUGCUGCAUUAGGAAGCUUCAGUUGCCUCUGGACCUGGUACAGCAAUAAGGUAUAGGAUUGAUAAACUGGACUCUUCUGGAUAAAUGGGAAUGGUGUUACAGACCAAGCCCAAGGGGGAAAAGAAAGUGAGGUACCAUUUCAGGCUUAGUAUGUUCCUUCCAUUGUGAACUCUUGAAAGGCUUUGGGCUGAAUCUGUGAGCUCUCAGUGAUCUGAGGGCUGUUAAGUUCUCCCAUCAGCUGGACUGGCUGCCUUGGCCAGAAACAUGUGCCGGUUUUGUAACCACUGUCCCCAUUCAGAAGUGCUUCUUGGAAGCCAUCAUGCCAGCAAAGAGGUCGUUCCUUUCACUGCCUUGCUGAGAAAGAUUUACAUCAUUUUCUAGUACCCAGCUACUUGCAAAGAAAACAGUGCAGUGCUUGGGAGCAAGCUGGAGACCACACAAAGCCCAUUGUCUUGGGCUUUGGUUUGAGACUUGAGCCUAUGCAGAAGCUGAAAAAAACCUAAAGUUGGGCAGUGAUCUGGAGUCUUUAUGCCAGAUUUUGAAAUGGUGGAUGCCAGGGUGACAGAAGGAUAUGUGGAGCUUUUGUCAAACCACUGGACCAGACUCCAGUUUUUGUGUACAUGGCAUAAAGCUUUUAGAAAUUUAAGUAAAAUGAAAAACUGGUUACUAUUGCUGCUCUGAAGUGUUGCUUUUGAAGUGGUGUUUUGCAUAUUUUUAUUUGAGCUGGCACUUUACCAGCUCGAUGAGUCCAAAUAGUUUUAUUUCCAAAACUGGGAGAGGUACCUGUCAGUUCUGUUCACAAAGUGCACUCAGAGGGGUGUUGAAAGGGUGAUAUUUUUGAGAUGCACAGUUUUAAGCUUUGCCAUCACCAAGCAUACAUCACAAACCUGGAAUGCACGUUCUCCUUUUUGUUAUCAUUUAGUACAUCCAUGACCACAGGCAUGUAAUUGGGCAAGAUUUUGGUUUGGUUUCCACCUGUGUGCCUGCUGGUGUGGCAAAGAACCAGAAUUGUCAUGGAAAAUCUGUUCACAUACCUGCAGUGAAAUUAAAUAUGGCUUGCACUGAGUGCUAAUUAAGUGGACAAAUCUGUGCAGUCCUGCUCUACCUGACUGACAGUGUCCUUCUGAUCCUUUCCAGCCAGAGAAUCUGAUGACAGGUCAUUGUAUCACCUGAAGGUUGUGACUUCUGUGAUGGGAUUGACUACACAGCUUUUCUGAUAGGUUACAUCUCACUGUGGUACUCAGAAAUGCAAUUCAUAGAUGGAAUUGCAGCAGCUAGUGAAGAUUUACCCUGCAUUUUUGUAGGGCUUUUAAUUAUUCAGCAAUGCUGCUAAUUUUUAGGGGUGCAACAAAAAUAAUCUCCCUCUCACUCUGAGAAAGUUCACAAACUAAUUUUGUUAAGCUGAUGUGUCUCUUUUGGUUUUGGAGUCCCCAGGCCAGUCAGCAGGGCAGUGCUGGGCAGUAACAUUUUGAGCAGUCCUGACACUUCCAAUCUACAUUUCCUUCAAGAUGAAGGUAAAAGAGGAAGGAAAAUACUUCCCUUGGUUGCUGUGGGCUCUUCAACAUGAAUAGUGUGUGGCUGGGCUCAAUGCCAGAAAUAGCACUCUUGAGGCAGGUGAUCUCUAAGUGGGCCUAGUAUGAUGAAAGCACAAAUAACAAUUUUAAAGAGCAAAAUACAUACAGAUCUAAAUGAGAUUCAUAAAGAAAGAGCUUAGUAGAGAGCAAGAAUGCCUGAUUGACUUUCUCAUACUCAUGUGCCUCUAAAUAGUAAAUCUGACAACAGAGGUUGAAGCAGUUGUUCAGUAUUCCUCAAAACAGUCAUCUCUGUUUCCUCAUCUCAUUGCCAGCUCUGCUGGGACCACUUUUAGGUGUCAGCUGCCACACUGUGGUUCUCUGGAAUGCUGUUUCACUCUUCAUCUCCUUCCUCAUUUUCUUGAAGACAGACAGCUGUUCACAGGAAGUUACCCCUCACUUAAACAAAUGCAGGCAGAAUAACAGGACAUAGACCAAAGAAUUAGGCUUUUUAAUACCUUAGGAUCAUUUUGCUGAUGUUAAUGCAGGUCAGACAGUAAGUUUUGGUUCAAGGGCUCCCUUAAUAAUUGUUCUGUCUUGCACAAAGAGGAACAUGUGCAUUAUUUGAAGUAGCCAGUACCAUUACAGCAUAAAUACAGUUCCAUUCUUGCUGAGGAAACCUGAAAUAGUCAGUGAUAGUGGAUGGCUGGCUAGUGAAGGUAUCUUGUUUGUGAAAGUGGAAAUCAAAUGGACCCUUCUUUUGUGUUAGUUACCUUUCUGUAAGUGGUAAGAACAUGAGACUUGCUGCAGGGGAUUGGUACCCAGAAUGCAGGCACAGGUCCUGCAGUACUUUAAAAGAUGCUCUGGUGCACAGCACGUGGGAAACAAUGACAUUGUGUCCUGUCCCACUAACCAUGAAGAAAAGAGUUUGGAAGAAAGGGGCAGUUAUAAGGAAAAGCAAAUAGGCAUUUCUGGUUUUAUUGACUACAGGACAGCAUAUUCAUUCUUUCUUGGACAUGGGUGUACAGAACUAACAUACAGGACACAUGUGAUGGUAUCCUCCCAUCAGUGCUGAAAGGGACUUGGCUUUUCUACCCCAGUCCUUGAUCUCUUCAUUUCCUCCUCUAUGGUUUAGCAGAUGCACCUUCUUCUCUCAACUUGGCUUUCUUCUCCAGGUUUAUGUUUAAAAGAGUUUCUUGUCUUUUCACAGCCUACAAUGUAAUAACAUCAUCAGUUACAACCUGAAGGACCACAGAGUUGAAACUUGAAUCAAUAACUUACCUGACCUAUCCUUACCAAGGCACGAUUCUGUCAGCUUUAAUGCCAGGAAGCCAAGAGGGUUAAAGUAAAAUAUUGAGAGAUUAUUUUGGCUGAAAGUAAUUACUUCUCUGGGUAUAAAUUAAGCCCUUUUUUCAAGGCACUAGCAGAUACAUUCUGUGCUUCUGGUCAGUAUUUAAUGCUGAUCGGAUUUUCAUGAGACAGAGAAACAAAUAAAAAGUUAAACAUAAUCACAGACACAGAAUAUUUUGAUAUGGAAGGGACCACAUAGAUCAUCAAUUCCAGCUCUUCACUGAAUGGCCCACUGGGGGAUCAAACUUCUAAUCUUGGCAUUAUUAGCACCAUUCUCUGGCCAGCUGAGCUCAUCUCAGGAAACAUAAAUAAUUCCAGCUGCUUUGAAAACAAGGAUUCCAAAGUAGCUGUCCUCUCUUCCUGGUACUUGCAUUCAUACUUCUCCAGUACAGAGGAAAAUGCUCUGGGAAUCAUCAGUGUUUGAUCUCUGCUGUUAAAGCCAGGAAAAAUCCUUCCACUGUUUCAUUUCAGAGUGCUGCAUCCUUUUCAUUGUAAUAGACAAAUUCUGAUACAAAAUGUCAGGUGACACUCAGUAGCUCACAGUGCUGGGGUAAGACUGUCACUACUUGCAAGGUUUCUCUAGAACACAGCAGUCCACAGAAACCAGACCUGAGCAUUGGCAUCAGAAGAGAGGCAGCAUAACAAGUAAAGCUCUUCUGCCACGCAGAGGCUUUAGGCUCAGGGGGUUUUGUUUAAAGGAAGCAUCUUAAUGGUGACAUCAUCCUUUUCUGAUGAGAAUUAGUCAAUGAGGGUCACUUCUGGGGAACCAGGAGGACUUGUUAAAAUUUUGUUCAAUGAUAAAAUGACAAAGAACCCCAAAACAAACAAAAACCCCCAAACCCCCAAAGCAAGACAGUAUUAAAAAUCCAUAGAGAAACUAAGAUGUUUAAAUGAAGGUUUAUUUGCCCUCAUCAGCCCAAAUUCUGUGCUUACCUUCUUCCCACUGAUCACCAUGGUGAUGCAUCCCACUAUUGUCAAGGCAAUCAUGACAUAGCUGAACCUCACACGCAGGGUGGACUGUGCUGCUCUCACUGUCUCAAGCCUCAAGAAAGAACAAAAGAACACAUUUGUUAUCAGAGACCCAAAUAAUUCACUUGGCUAAUUAUUUAAUUUCUCUAGUAUGCUGUCUUGGUAGUUUUUGCAAUGCUAACAGCACUUGGCUCUUUUGUGCAAAGAGUUUUACAACAGGAAAGGCUGAUCUCUAAGUACCUUGGGAGAUAGAUGGUAACAGAGGCAUUCCUCUCAAAGCUGCAAACAAACCCAACUUUUUAAUCUUAGCUUUUUCUGUUGUUAAAUACUGCCUUUGCAGACCACUUGACUGCAAUGCAAAGGAGGAAGGCUGCAGGAUUUAAGUGUGUUUGUUCAUUGUGGAAAGAACAGGGAAAAGAGAGGAAUGGUUUAACCAGUACUGUAUUUUUCUUACUGUCAGCUCCCUCUGUGCUCACUACCACCUUCCAAUAUCUGCAAAGCCAGGGAGAACUCAUCUGUAUUACAACUGUGAUGUAUUUAACAGAGUAAAACAUGCAUUUUUCUCUCAAUAGCAGAAGUCUGCUAAAACCCCAAAUAUGGUGUUUUAACAGUUGAGAGUUCAUUGGGCAGAGGGAAGCAUUAGCACAGCUUUGCAAUUUCUUCUGCCUGAACUUCACAGUGGUUUCAUUUAUGAUGCAGUCUUAUUUCCCAGCAGGUGCUUCCUCUGCUACAGGACUUGAAAGUGCAAUAAGUGACACACAGGCUGCUGAAUGCAGCACUCAGAAAUUCUGAACAGGACUUGGUAAAGACUGGUGGUCCCCACUCAUGCUGGAGUGAACAGUCCUAAAGGGAUCUGCUUCCCUGAGAAACUAAGGAGGUGUGGAGGAUUGUAAGCUUUCCUACAUCAGCUCCAGACAGAGGAGCUCUUUAAUUUUUAUUUUUUUUUUAAUUUUAGGGGACUUAACUAGCCACACCAGUACCUACACCAUCCUUUUGGGAAACCUGUUGCCUACUCUGCUGUUAUCUUUGAAAAAUCAGAAGUCUUCCACCAGAAGAGUAGCAGUUAUUGACACCUUCCAGCUAUGUAGAGAGUAAAACCAAAAGAUUGUAUUUUCUUGAGUUAACUCUGAAGAUCAUUCUACCCAAAUGGCAUCUUGGUUACAGCAGGUUUUCAGUCUGUAUUAGAACAAUGCAAGAAGGGUUACAAGUGCUUUCCAUAAUAACCAAAGACAUACACCCUGUAUAUUUAACUCUCCUUGCAGAAUUUAGGGCAGAUAACUCCCUUCUCAAGGAGGGCUGGUACUCUCACUGAUUUUAUUUGGCACAUGACAAAAUUCCAGAAGACUGGAGAAGCACCAACACUGUGUAAUGAAAAGAAUAAAUGCAUCAAACUAGGUUAAUUAUACCCCAAAACUAAUGUGGAGAAUGGAUUUAAUGGAACUGGGAAGUUACAUGGAAUCUGUUACUACAUUUUGACCCUUACAUUUGGAAGAAAAAAAAAGGUACUUCAGGAUCCAUGGUAGUUCAGCAUGGUAAAUCACACAGGACCUGAGAGCUGGGAAGUUUUGUUCUUGUUUUUGUCAGAGCAUUGAUUUGAGUACAAGAUUUCUGAUCAUAGGGAACAAACACAUCCAUCUACAAUGAAACUAAUGUUAAUUUUAGCGUCCAGGUUAUUUGCUUCUGGUAAUAAUCUGCAGUGAAAGCCUUGAGUGCAGGCUGCAAUUAAGCUGAAAUGCACAGCAGUAGGAUUUUAAAAGGUUUGCUAGUUAAUUUUGGAAAUACCUUAGAUGUGUUAAGAAUUUACAAGAGCAAAAGGUAGAUAUCUAAACACAACUUGCAUUUUAAAUCAGUUCAGUGGCUAAGUUUAACAUUUGUUUAAUAAAUGGGUUGCUUUACCACAUUUUACAAGAUUACUGAGUUAUAGCACAAGCCCUUACAACACAUAAUUAAUCUCAGAUUAAUUAAUUAAUUAAUCUCAGAACAGGAAAACAAGUUUUUGUGCUUUUAUAGUUCUCAAUUGUCUUCUCAGAUUUGGCUGAAUUAUUUGUCUAAAUAAAAAGAAUUCCCUAUGCACUUGCAGAAAUGGUCAGCUUUUAUCAGAAGUUGGUUUGUCCUUUCAAUAAACUACUGAAAUCAA